GACUAAUUCCGAAUUUAAACAUGUUCCGCACCAUCCUCAUCAUGGCUCUGGCCACCUGCACCUUCGCCACCUACCUCGGCUAUGGCGGCUACGGUAGCUGGGUCGGUGCUCCACUUGCCCACUCCAGCGUCUCCCACCACACGCCAUAUUUUAGCUAUGGCUACGGUCACAGCCUCGGACAUGGCUAUGGUCUGGGCUACGGACUCGGCUAUGGCUACGGUCUUGGAGGUCUCGGAUACGGAGGAUUCUACAAGAAAUGAGAUGGAUUCGUCUUGGAACGCCCGCAGCUCUCCAGCUAUAAAAACCAGCAACUUUUGAAAAGAAACACCCAUGACUACAAUUAAAUAAACAUUAAUUAUUACUUCACCA